AAAGUAUUUAUUUAUUAAACCAUAAUUGUAAUUUAGAUCUGGAGGGAGGACGCUUCUUCUUUAAUGCUGUAAAGGAAGGUGACAGUGUGUUGUUUGCUAGUGAAGAUGAAAAUGAGUGUCACCUCUGGGUCAUGGCAAUGUAUCGAGCAACAGGACAAUCUCAUAAACCAACUCCACUUGUUCAACCUUUGGCUAGUAAGAAUUCAACCAUUUCUCGAUUACAAGGAGAUGCGGACAGGGCUCGCAAACACGGAAUGGAUGAAUUUAUCUCUGCUGACCCAUGCAAUUUUAAUCAUCAUGCAUUAUUUAGAUUACUUCAAACCCAAGCAUUGGAAUAUAGAUUAGCUGAUAUAUUCUGUUCCUUGGGUUGGUACAGUCCAGGGCAAUUGUUUGUUUUAGAUGAAUAUACUGCUCGAUAUGGUGUACGAAGUUGUUAUCGUCAUUUAUGUUAUUUAAAUGAUCUAUUAGAUCGAGCAGAAAAAGGUAUCAUGAUCGAUCCAACUUUAAUUCAUUACAGUUUUGCAUUUUGUGCCUCUCAUGUACAUGGAAACAGGUAAAUAUAAAUUUCAUUAUUUAAAGUUUUGCAUUUCAAUUAUACUGUUAGGUAAUUUGUUAAUAUAGUAUAUGACAGUUCAAAUAUAAAAAUUUAAAUGCUUUGUGUAAUAAGGAAUUUAAGAUAGAAUUUUAUUUGAUUUUGAUUAAUAAAUUCACUUAAACUCAAUAAAUGAUCAUUAAUUUUUAUUAUCUUUUAAAUUUAAUAGAAGUUUCUGCUUUAUGAAAACUACAAUAUUCAAAAUAUAAAUUUAGAUUUAUUAAAAUAUCUGUUCAUAUUUCAUGCAUUCAAUUUUAUAUAGUAUACGUUUAAAAAAAAAACUAAUUCAUCAUACAACACUACUUUCUUAUAGUCAUAUGUGCGGAAUACAUCUUCAUCUUUAUGGAAAUCAAUUAAUUUUUGUAUGUUAUUUUACAAGGAUAAUUGAUAAUUAUUGAUAACUCAACCUCAGUUUAAAGUACAUUAGCAACAAUUAGAUUUUGUUUCUCUAUAGUAUAUAAUAAAUCAAUGCAAUAUUCAAAAUCUAAUAUUUUAUAGAACAUUGACAAUUUAAAACUAUAGCCUGUAACUGUUCCUAUCUGUCUUCAUCUAUCCCUCUCUAUACUUUAGAAUUACUUUAUCCCUUCACAAUAGACAUUAUCUGUAAUUUUUAUAUUGCCAAAAAAGAUCCUUUUUCUCUUUGCCCUCUCUCUCUCUUGCCCCAGCUAUGCUAAAGAUCUUUGAAAUUUGUAUACAUUGUUCCAUAUAUUACCCUAUUAUAUCUUGUAUUAGCACAGCUACAUUCUGGUAUUAUUCAUCAUUCUACUACUAGUAAUCUUUUUGAAAUUUAGCCUGUAAUUUUAUCUAAAUUUGAAUUAAAAUUAUCCACAUUUGUCAUUUAUAUAGACAUAGCUAAAACUUUAGAUUAUGUUGCCCCAAACAUCAUCUCAAAAAAUUAUCCUUAGAAUUUGAAAUAGAUAACAUAAUUCUGCCUUGACUUAAUAACGUCCACAUACUGUGCAACUACAAAAUAGAAUAAUUUCAUAAUAUUUUAUUGAUAAAUACAAACAG